UUAUGGGGUUCAAUUUAACUACAAAAAUGUCAAGAAUUUUUCAAGGUGAAUUCACGUCAAACAGCUGACUAGUACCUAUUGACUAACAUGGGGAAAAGCCUGAAAAAUUCCGUUAUGUCGCAAAUAAAAAGCAGUAGCCUGCUGAACUUCGUGUUCAGUGGCCAGUAGUUAGUUCGCGGUAUUGUGUGCUGCAACACUAAGCGCGGGAAAUUUAAACAAUGCCCAACUUAGCAGUUUUCGAUUUCGACCGCACUAUUGUUGACGAGGACACAGAUGCCACAAUUAUAGAUAGAUUAAGAGAAAAAAGACCUCCGCCUGAAUGGGAAGCAGGAUCGCAGGAUUGGACUCCUUAUAUGAGUGAUGUGUUCGAGCACGCGUAUUCUGCGGGCUUCCACCCCGCAGACAUCCUGGACAGCAUCGCGAGCAUGCGACCCGCGCCCGGCAUGCCUGAACUGCUGCUCACCCUGGCUGCACGAGGCUGGGAUAUCCUCCUGCUGACUGAUGCCAACACGGUCUUCGUCAACCACUGGCUGAAGACGCAUGGUCUGAGGGACAUAGUAACCGCUAUUAUUACGAACCGCGCUUUCUGGAAGAACAACCAGCUCUUCAUCGAGCCGUGCAUGCGCCAGACAAGCUGCAAGCGCUGUCCCAGCAACCUGUGCAAGUCCCUGGCGCUGGCAGAGUGGUGCAAAGAGAGAGAGUACGAGACUAUCGUGUACAGCGGAGACGGGGGGAACGACUACUGUCCAGCCUGCAGCUUGCUGAGCAAUAGUACAGUAUUUCCGCGACAAGGUUAUCCCCUAGAUGAUUUGACAAGGAAAGCACUGCUGGCACCAGAGCCUCCGAUCAAAGCCAAGGUGGUUCCGUGGACGCACGCGUUCACCAUCAUCCGGGAGUUGUUCCCGGAUAUUCAAACUAUUAUGACAUAAAUAAAUUACAGAAGAACGUGCAAUUGUACGAUAUAGUAUUAUUAUUUUAUGAGCAUUUAAAUCUUAUUGUUGGUUAAUUAUACUAUUUAUAUUAUUUAUUUUAAAGCAGUCUCGAAAGCGUUUUAAUUCGACACUAACGUGUGUUUUCACUUGUUGUAAGUUAAAAUUUCUAUUUUAUUACUGUUUUGAUCACACCAUACUUUUUACAUCAUCAAUGUAUCAGUGCGUGGAACAAAUUCUGUUGUUUCGUGAGUAUAUAACGUAUUUAUUGUCUGUGUUUGUGAUUAGGGUUACCAUUUAGUAAUUUUGUUCGGACAAAAACCUGACAUUUCGAUAAAAGUCCAGAGUUUUAAGUUGAUCUCGUUUAGAAUUCGUUUUCGUAAAGAUUAAAGACUUCUUUGAUAUUAGUUAAUAUGUAGUUUUAUUAAUAUUCCAUCUAAUUAAAUCCAAACAAGUUAGAGAUCCGGAAAAAAUCCGCAGUAGGUUCUAAAAGUCCGGACGUAUGGUAACCCUAGUUGUGAUUUAGUCGAAUUACAGAAUCAAUGUAACUUUUGUUGAACAGAAUGGAAUAUUAUCAUUUAUCAUGUUCUGAAGUGAAUAAUAUUUUAAUGUACUUGCAAGGAAUCAUUUUUGUGGAAAAAAUUAUAACAUUUUUUUCGUACAAAUAAUCUAUCGAACAAUGUUCAAGUAAGUACUGGAAAAAUCUUCAUAUUCACGGAAAACGUUAAAAUAUGACGUCAAAACACUAAAAAAAAUAUUUUUUUAAAACUAUUCUUUGACACUUUGUAAAUCGUUGCUGGACCCUACCUUUUUACUGUAUGAUUUCGAUUUGACAUAGAUAACUUCUAGAAAUCGCCAUAAAGGGCCUGAAAAUAGAUAAUAUAUUUAUCAUAACCCUUCUAUGAUUCUUGUUUUGUUGUAAGUGGAAGUUAAUAUUAAUAAUAAUAAUUGUUUGGCUAUUCAAAUUACUACACACAUACGCGAAGAAACAGACUGAUAUAAUAAUAUAGCCCUUCUCCUUUAUUUAUCAAUAAUAAAAAAAAGUUAAUUUGAGCGAAAUAUAAGUGUUUCAAAUUUGCCGCGCAGCAAUGACUUUGUAUAAAAAUUUUUUACUGGCAAAUGUAUACAAAAUUUAUCGACCAAGACACCGUUCGCAUCGUCCAUAAAUUUUGGUUCAAAUUAAAAUUCAAAGAGUAUAAUAAUAUAUAGGGGAAUGUUAAAAUUGUAUACUUAUAUCCCACAAGACUACUUGAGGGAUAAAUAAUAACAAAGUACUGGUCCCUAUAUAUUAUUAUACUCUUUGUUCUGGCCACAUAACACUUACUCUGCUUACUACCACAUGACGCAAGUCUACAGGUGAAUAAAUUUAAUAUAAUAUGACAUUGUGUAGUAUUGCAAGUUAAAAAACUGUAAAAAAAUGCUAAAUUUAAUAAAUCACCUAAAUAAGUAUAAGUCCACUUGUUUGUAAUAAACGCACAAUAAAUAAAUAUUAUUUACAAA